CACACGGUCGUGUAUUUCACAUGGGGCGAGCGGGAGUUGUCAUCCACUUGCGUAAACGCUGCUGCCGAGUGGUGGUUUGACAGUCUCGAGCGACGCGACGGGGAAACAAGACGGCUUUUCCCCCCCUACUACUUCUUCUCCUCUUCCCGCUGAAGGCGCAUCCCCGGUGGAUGCCACCAUGGAGCAGAAAACAUAAGUAGAGCAUUCGUACGGACGCCGCCACUUGUACUUUACUGACGAUAUUCAUCGGUGGAACAUGAGGAACUGAAGUAUUGGGGAGUUUGUGCCAACAUGUCUAAACCAAUGGAUCACGUCAAACGCCCGAUGAACGCCUUCAUGGUUUGGUCCAGAGCGCAGCGCAGAAAAAUGGCUCAGGAGAACCCCAAAAUGCACAAUUCCGAGAUCAGCAAGAGAUUGGGAGCGGAGUGGAAACUUCUCACCGAGUCCGAGAAAAGGCCGUUCAUCGACGAAGCCAAACGCCUGCGAGCGAUGCACAUGAAGGAACACCCAGACUACAAAUACAGACCCAGGCGGAAGCCCAAGACUCUGAUGAAAAAAGAUAAGUUCACCUUCCCCGUGCCCUACAACCUCGGGGAGCACGACGCGCUGAAAGUGAACGGGCUCUCCGCCGGGUCGCUUUCCGACUCCAUCAUGGGACACCACGACAAGGCUGCGGCGGCCGCGGCCGCGGCGGCGGCGCGGGUCUUCUUCAACCCGGCCAUGUCGAACCCCUACUCCUUUUUCGACCUGGGAUCCAAGAUGACCGAGCUUUCCCCGCCUGCCUUUUCGUACGCGUCCCCGCUGGGCUACCCGCCGGGCGGCUCCGCGGCUUUCGCCGGGACUGGCGGCGUAGGCGGCGGGUCGACGCACGGGCACACUCACUCGCAUCCGUCUCCGGGGAACCCCGGGUACAUGAUCCCUUGUAACUGUGCGGGUUGGCCCUCCGCGGGACUCCAGCCGCCCCUGGCGUACAUCCUGCUCCCCGGGAUGGGGAAACCUCAACUUGAACCGUACCCCGCGUACGCCGCGGCGUUAUGAUAAGGCCCGCGCUGGACUCCCGAGAGAAGAGAAAUGUGAAAAACUAAAACUAAAACAAACAAAAAACGCCGUUCAUGCAAGAGUUUUAUUAUGCAUGCACAAACCUGUACAUGUGAUGAAGUGCUCGUCGUCUCAGAUAUCACAUGUGUAUGUAUAUUGAUUAAUGCCUUGAUCUAAGGUACUGCUUAUUUAGAGAACUCUCUAAUCGAUUAUUGCCCAGCCAUCCCCGGACUAAAGGAUGGCGAAGAUGCACACAUGUGACAGGGGGGUCAGGUCAGAGCAUUUUGUGAAAAGCCCAUUUUCAAAGGUACACACUCUACGAUUUCUAUCUUUUGCAAGUUGCACCUGCUUUGACUGACCUGUUGGAAUCAUGGGCGGCAUGAUGCAACGGCCAUAUUAAUCACAGGACGUGGUUGUAGGAUGACGGGUUGUAAUUCACGGAUCAAGGAGGAUUUGCCACAACCCUUUUCCCCCUUCUUGAGUGGCUGUAAAUGUGUACAGAUAAAAACGACUCUAGUUUAUUUGCCGUUAUAGGCUUAGUGUUUGAGAUAGGGCCAGGAACCUCUGCGCGUUUCACUAGAAAUGCAGUGUAUAUUCUGAGUUUUUUCAACCGUUUUAUAGAUGUCUGUAAUAUUUAUUGUUUAAUGGAAUCUAUGGUGAACCAGACAAUUUUAAGAAGGACAAGACUAGUUCUGUAAUUUCUGCACAUGAAACGUAGAGGAUGUAAUUUAUUUUGAAGAUGAUGUUGCAUUUCAGUGGGUUUGAUCGAUCAACCCCCCCCCCCCUUCUUCCGAACGGUGAAAAAAAAGUUGAAAUCUAGAUGCAGCUGCAAGUUUAUUCAAGGAGUUUAUCGUUUCUUGCUCCAUCACCCUCCCAGUCCCCGUGUCAUGUGCAGCAGAAGAAAAAAAAAACGUUUUCAACUAACUCUUAUGGAAUUUGUAUGUUUUUGUGUUUUCUUUAACUUCCGUUAUGUACUUCAGCCUAUUGUUCACGUGUUGAGCAAAGGACUACAAUAAAGCGUAUUCGGAUUAAACAGAA